AUGUCGACCCCACCUCCUGCUACCCCUCAAGAAGACGCUGCUGUCAAGUCCGAUGUUAAGGCGGAGUCUACUGAACACAUCAACGUCAAGGUGACUGACGGAUCUACUGAAGUGUUUUUCAAAAUUAAGAAGACUACCCCACUGAGAAAGGUCAUUGAUGCUUUCUGCAAGCGUACUGGUAAGGACUCCAAGGCCUUGCGAUUCUUAUUUGACGGUGAGAGAAUCACUGAACAAGACACCCCAGCAAGUGUAAGUAUUGGUCUAGCCUCAUCAUCUUUGUGGAUUGUCUUACGGGUUCGAUGCCCACUCCCGCUGUUCUUCUGUGCCUAUCGAGAUAAGAGGCCUUGCGAUCGCUGUACUAACAAUUGUAGCUGGAUAUUGCCGAGGGCGAUAUUAUUGAAGCUGUCAAUACUCAAGUGGGCGGCUGCUUGUAGACGCGUCCACAUGUGUCCGUCGUCAGGUUAG